UGUUCAUCACCCUUUCUCAAAAGUCUUCUUCAUGAUCGGUUGCGUCUUUCUAGUGCAAUUGCUGCCUGCGCCUGCCUGCGUCCCGUGCCCGUGUGCCCGAGUGCUCCAUAAUAAGCGUUGUUGGUCGGAGCUUUGUUCCCGACCAAUAUAACCUUUCAAGGAAGUUCUUCUUCCCCAGUCAAAAUUUCGUCGCUUCAGGUCAACACUAAUCUUGUUGAACCAUGUUUGCCGUCUCAGAUAUCGUUGUGGGUGGAUGUAUUGCUCAAGAGCAAAGCAAUGUCAAAAAGUGGCACCAUUUCGACUCAGAGUAUUUUAGGAGGCGUUCCUGUAGUGGACCUAGCCGAUCCCGCUGCAGUGAACCCCCUCCAACUGAAAGCAGACCGAUACACAGUGACAGCACCAGCUCUCCCGCAGGACACAGUUUCUCCGCUUGCUUUGAACACUACGUCUCAAACGGAGCCCUGUAUUGACUUUGACCUAUUGAACCGCGACGACAGUCUUGUACCGAACGGAGACCCAGAAUUCCUAGAGAAGACACUUGACCUAGAGAACGACUUGGAUUGGCUCGGCCUGUUCAACGCAGCAGCAGCAGCCGCCGCCGAAGACGUGCCAGACAUCGAUGCAGCUCUUACCGCAACGUCCGCCGUCGGGUCAGGGCCUUUUGACCCUGACCCGGAUGGCUGGAUGACGACCACCCUGUCACAGUCAUCGCCAUCGUCUUACGGCAGCGAGUCCGGAGAGAGUGACGUGUACGCAGCAGCUGCUGCCAUCGCCACUGCCAUCGAGCCGGCCGCCAAGCGACGAUGCCCUUCGCCGGCGUACAGCUCCUCUUCAUCUGCCCAGCUUGCAUCAUCGGCGUGCAGCAGUCCAACAUCCCUGACUACUACCGACGUAUCGCCCGCUUACAGUCCGGCGUCAUCAUCCAGCGUAGUGCAGUCGCCGCGCGGUGCUGCGUCCUCACCGGGUAGCGACAGUGACCGCAAGAAGCAGAUGAACAACGUUGCCGCAAAGAAACACCGCGCCGGACGCCGUUGCAAAGACCAGGAGAACGACCGCCUGAUCCAAGAACUUCGCGCCGAGAAUGACCUUCUCCGCGCUGAAGAGGAGAAGCUCAAGAGAACCCUGGAGAAGGCCAAACUGAAGAUCCAAGCUGCUCUCACUCGCUGAAUAGCCAGCGUAAAUUGCGCUGAGCUGUUCAGUAUUCAGUACUCCCAUAUUGCGCCUAUCUGCAACCGAACACCUGUUUGUGCUGUGCACAAACCAUCCCACCUUAGCUUACCCACUUAGACGCAGUUACUUGAGGUCUAUGUGGACAUUGUCACACAAUGAAUAACCUGUCUUGAAACCAUCUGUAAAACAACAAAGGCAACUAAUAUGCUGUGUUGUAGCGUAAUCACUUCAUCUUUUUGUAUCCACGACAAUAUAUUUUUUUGCUAAUUUUAAGUAAUUUGCCUAGGGAGCAUCCCGUACUCAUCUGUAUGUUUCAUAACUUCAUGAAAUUCAACUAUUGUUAGUAUUAACACUGGCAGCUAUGCUGUUUUGAUAGUAGUAACACAUAAAAGUACACCGUA